UGUUAUGCGCUCCUGGAUUUAAAAGUGGAUCGCAACGUUUUCUUUCAGUCAUGAACUGGGACAGUCAGCUGAGCUCCAUCCUCUCAGUGGCGGAUGGCAGCGUUGCAAAGAUGAGGGAAAGACUGACCCCAAUGGGGAAAUUUUCUAAGGAAGGAGAAGAUUUAUUUCCAGUAAGGGAAAGAAUUCAUGAAUCAGAUUUGGACCCUCCUGCACUCCCUCCUCGAGCCACUCUUCCCCGACAGCCCUCUUCAUCUGUUAGUCCUAAUGUGCAGUGGACAGACCUGGCAUCCAUCCAGUCACAACUGCAAAUACAGAGCCAGGCGAUUGAGUCUCUUACCCAGAAACUCCAUGACAUGGAGAAAGAGAAACAGUCUCAACAGUGUCGUAUCCAGACAUUACAAGAAGAGGUUCAGAGGCUACGUGAGGAGUUAAGGGAGAGGGAGAGGGACGAAUUGAGUCCAGCAGCGGAGCGAAGGAUGGAGCAGUGGAGGAGAGAGGUGGGACGUGAGUUAAGUAGUCUGCGGGGACACAUCACCAGAGCCACGUCGCUAGGCAACCUGGAGGAGAGUUUCAGUUCAAAGCUCCGUCGAGAGGAGCUGGAACACCUGCGGAGAGAGGUGGACUUACUGAAAACACAAAUAAGAAGACAGGAGGAGGAUGUGUUCCUCCAGCAGGCAGAAGCGAGAGAGACCAGGAGACAGUAUGAGCGUAACUGCAAGACAUUAGAGGAACUGACAGACAGCUACAGAACUCACAGCUCAGAUCUGGCCAAGACAGUCUCUCAGUAUUCUCUCACACAGCAAGAAGUCCGUCAGAUCAGAGCGACUGUGUCAGAGAUAAAGGAUGAAGUCAGGGGUCUUGUUCUUCGAGAACGUGAAACCACACCUUUAUUGUCAGCGCACACAUCAAGGGCAUCGCCGUUGCCACUCCCUCACAGCCAUAGCAGAGGGCUCAGAGUUGAAGAGCCGCAGCCGGGCUCUGACUCAGAAGACUUUAGCCCAACUCCAAGUUUAGCUGAAAUUAGUUCAGACGAUCUCUCAUGGCUGGAUGACAAAGACCCUGCUCUUCAUCAGAAGCCUCGAGUGCGUCUGAGUGUCCAAUCCAGACGGAGCAACUUCGACGGCCUGGGAACUGACUUGGAGGAGGAUGACGACGGUGACGAGUGUGAUGAUGGUGACGAGGGUGAUGAUGAUCUCCUUGAUGAUGAUGUGAACCCAGAUUUAGGAUCAGACCUAAGUCUUAAUGACCUCUGACAUCAAGACAUAAAGACUGAACAGAAAUAGAUUCAUAUUGACUCCUUUAACACACUACCAGAGAUGUAUUAGAAGUCAGUUUAACCCAGUACAGUUUAGAAUCACAGCUCUGUCGUGAAAGCCUUUUCAAAGAGACAUGGUUAGGAUAACACAAACAACCAUAUGGCCUAUUUCCUCUGUGGUCCCCAGAGAAGGGGAAGGGAAAGAAGAGAUGGUGACAGGAGGAACUGGUAUGGCAUUAGAGGAACAUGCAUAUAACAACAAAGAUAAAGAUCAAACCGACCUAUUUUGAUGCUGUUACCUGAAAGACCUGCCUGCAUCUGGAUCAAGUGGAGAUUGUCUUUCAGUUUAGCACAAUCCUAGAUGUUAACGUGCAACAUUUAGGAGAUUGACUCAGGACAGAUUGUGUUGGCAAACCUUUAAACAAGUUAAUCCCUUUAUUAAUUCAUUGCUUGUUUAAAUAUUGCUUAAAAUGUAGGUUUGUGUGACACAGCAUGAUAUAUCAAACCACUAAAAGAAUCAGUGAAUAGUUUAUGCCUCUUCUGUUCAUUAGUGUUUUUCCAUCAGUCUGUUCAGAACUAUGGGACAGUGUGGCUGUUACAGUCUGAUUGUAACCGUAAAAGCCACAAAUUCUCCUUAAUCAGCUCUAACUGUCUCCACAUGUACUGCUGAUAGGAUCCUGAGAACAAACUGAAUAGACAUAGUCAUUAAAAGAACCACAAUCCUUUGUGCGAGCUUUGCUUUCAGGCAGGAGGACAUUUGUAGGGUUAUUUUUCACUGUGAGCUCUGUUGCCAUUGAAGUUUGGCCAUGAAAUUCUGAGAGUAAGUCACCAUUCAAAGAAUAUAAUGCUUUAAUUGUUGCCACACCUUCUGCGUUUACAAUGUGUACUGCUGAUAAAUAAUGUUUGCCAGGGUUGUGUGCAGCGGCAUUGUGAAUGGCCUGUUAGACCUGGUUUUAAAAACAAGAUUUUACAAAGGUGAUUGUUCCUAUAAUCAAGAGGUUAAUGGCAUAUAAACCACACUGCCCCAGUUUUGAUUUAUGGCCCAGUCUUUAACAACAAAGUUAAAGCACCAGUAUGUAGUUCUUAGUGCUGUUCAAGUUGCAGAUUACAACCAAAUAUCAACAUAAAAACAUGAAAGGACUUUAUUAGUCUGUGUUUCUGUAUUAUGUCUUGUCCCAUGGUCCCUUUGAUAAUGAAAGUCCUGGAACUUAACAAGCUUGUAAAACACUUUGGGAAAAGUCAUGGGAUCUGAUACCCCUCAGCUUUAGGCUAGUUUCUUUGAUAAAAUGUUGUCCACAGACAUUCAGAAAGAUUUGAUUUUAGAUCACAUUUAAGCGCAGAUUACACAUCCUGUAAAAGGAACGACAAGAUGAAGUUCAUUCUAAGCUACUGUAGAAACAUGGUGGUGCACCACUGUGGUCUCAUGUCACUGUGGUGGGUAACCUGCUGCUUCUGUUGAUGUAAACAGAUUAUAUAGUCAUGAAAACAUGAUUAUAAGUAUUACAUACCAUCUUUGUAAUUACACCCCCAUAAAUCUCACACAGUGAACAUUUCAAACUAAAAAUGUUUGAUCUGAUCUCUGAAAUCCAGUUUUCAAGGGCUGAUGUGUUGGUUGACAAAAUGUUUGGGUAUUAAUUUCAUCUUGACUCAUCCAAUGUGUGAUGCAUAGGAACACAUCUAAUCUCUACAUGAAGCCCACAUUCAUUUAAAAGGAAAAGUUUGUAUGUUUUCUUCUAUAUUUGUGUUUUUAAUGAUACAAGAUGAGAUCUGCAAAAUUAAAAUUCAUAUAGUGUUUUGUCAAGCUUUGGUCAUAUACUAAAAGCAUUGAUUACCUGAACCACUUAGCUUUAAAACUGGUGAAGAUCAUGAGGUUUCUAAUGCUGCACUGGUGCACAGCAGAGUAAUGGAACUUUAAUGGGUUUUUAUUUCUGGCAUAAUGGACUCUUGAGUCCACGAGAAAUGUGAUGAGAGAUGGGUUUCACUUCCUGGCAAUACAGAUGAAGCUAAGAAGAUUCAAAAGCCAUUAACAUUAUCAAGGCCCUGACACUAUCCACCUCCACUGCAGCGUCCAUACACAGUAUGGAACACACAGAUCCAGACACUUUAGAGCCCCUUUAUGUCUCCUGUCUGACAUGAGUCACACUGUGCAAGGCUUGAUGUCAAGCUGUUAAAUAUUUCAGCAUCCAGACACCUCCCAUCGAGGAUCCCAGACCACAGUACAGGGGGAGCCGAUAGGAAGGUCGUGUAUUGAGUGGGGUGUGGAUGUGGAAGCUGUACUGAAUUUGACAGAAACUCUAUGUAACACAUUUGAAGGAACUAUUGUCUGACUCGUCCAUCGUCAGUAAUAAAAGAACUUCUAGAAAGCUGUAAAUGGCACAUAGCACUACAUAACAGUAUUUACACAAAUGUCUUCUUACAUACUCUUCUUUGUGUAGCUGUUAUUGUGGUUGUGGGAACAUUUAACAAACAAAUGCCUCAUCUAUUUAUUUUCAUUGCCAGAUAAUGGCUGAUGAAUCGGAGCUUUCUAGUGCAGUUUUAUUGCAUUUGCCAAGUAUUGUGCAGUGGUGCUGCAGUAAAGCAGUGCACUGAUUUAAUUCAUUUGUAAUGUUUUUGUCUCCAACAAUAAAAGUCUGUGUAAAAGUUGA